CGUCGCGAUACCAUUGAUGAAAAUUUUGGAUUGGCUCCAAAUUGUGCUACCGCUAAGCGCGUGAGAUCGUUUUUGGAGCCCUCUAUUCGAUAACGUCAUCGUUCGUUGAUCAUUCUGCUGAAACGGAAAACCGCUGCAGAAGGAUGACGAAAGCAUUGCGAUUUGAUGAAUCUCACGAGUCAUGAUGACAAUGCCAAUUUUAUCCUCAGAGAUAGGCGCAAACAUUCAAAACUAUGGAAGAGAUUGACCGGUGCCGGAUAUGUCUCAACGAUGUUCAACAUCCUCCGGUGCCUCUGGACUCUAAACCGGAUGGGAUCCUGUCCAUUGCAGACUUAAUAACCUCCGUGAGUGGUGUUGUGAUAUCCAACGACGAUUCGUUCCCCAAAUUCUGCUGCGAGAGCUGUUCCGAACGUCUUCUGAGUGCGCACAACUUGGCAAAGCAGUGUCGAGAGUCGGACGAAAAACUUCAAGCUGCGUACAAGGAACAACUUUUAGGUUCUACGAGUGGUGACAAUGGCGGUUCCAGUUCAGAAGGGGACAAUUCCGAUGAAGGAGACACGGACCAUGAAGCGGAUGCUGAACCCCCGGACAUCGUCGGCUUGACGACUUGUUGUGCGUGUCGAACGGAUUACGAAACGGUGGAAGCAUUUGCCCAGCACAUCGCCAAGGUCCACGCGCCGGAACGAACGGAUGACCACCUGAAGAAGCCCUUCCAGUGUGAAGUGUGUUUCAAGAGAUAUUUCAAGAAAACAUCGCUGAAUCGACACAAACGGAUGGGGGCUGCUGGCCCCAAAAUUCGGGCUCUCAAGGAUGAGGAACCCACGGAUCAUCGAUGCUGUGGUUGCCGGAAAGACUUUGCCACAGCUGAAGAUCUGAGGGAACAUUCGAAUCGGGAACAUGCUUCAGAACGAGUGGUUGAUGAGACCAAGCCUUACGAAUGCGAAAUAUGCUUCAAACGGUACUUGAACAAGACUUCCUUGAGUAGACACUUCCGGGAGCGACUCCUGGAGAAGCGACCGGGGAUAGUCAGGAAGCUAGUGACGAAUCAAUGCUGCGGAUGUCGGGAAAAAUUUGCUAGCAAAGACCAACUGGAGAUCCAUUCUAGAGCAGUUCAUGAACCUGACCGAAGAGAGGAUCUGGAUGGCCUCAAGCCAUUCGAAUGUGGAACUUGUUUCAGUCGAUAUUCGUCUCAGGGAGCGUACGAUCGACAUAAGACCUACAUAUUCAUGGAUCAACUCUACAAAUGCCACCAAUGCGACAAGAGCUUCGUCAAACGGAUCAUGCUCCGAUCGCACGAGAGGAAAUUCCACAACGGCCUCCAGAACGAGGUGAUCGGCCCGUACCAAUGUUCCCACUGUGGGAAAACCUUCAUGCAACCCAGCUCGCUAACGAACCACGAAAAGAUACACACCGAAAACCGGCGGUUCGAGUGUUCCAUUUGCCAGAAGACGUUCCUCAGCAAAGGCAAUCUGCAAACGCAUCUCAAGCUGCACGAACCCGAAUCCCAGAAGCGCGAACCUCAAUACCAAUGCCCGAUAUGUCGGUGCCGCUUCAAAACCCCUAACUACCUGGAGAUCCACUCGAGGGUCCACACCGGAGAGAAACCCUACCAGUGCAAGUACUGCUCGAAGCAGUUUGCCCACGCGUCUGGCCACAAGCGUCACCUGCUGACGCACAAUUCGUUGAAGCCGUUCGUGUGCCGGUUCUGCAAUCGCGGAUUUGCUCUGCGGCCGAAUAUGUUGAUCCACGAGAAGAGCCACGGGAGCGAUCAGAGCGUUAAGUGCGACAUCUGCGGGAAGGGAUUCGUUCACGAGCGGUACAUGCGGAAGCACCGGAAGCGGCAUUUGUGCUGAUGGAAAUUCGAAGGAUCAAUUAAUGCCGCACGGGACGUCAUCAUAACCACCUUAUCCA